AUGGAUCGAAGAGGUCCCGGAAGUUCAGUGUCUUCAUGCCCGUCACCAGCCAGGAGACAAGUAUUUCCAGCAUGUGCCAUUGAAGCCCUUGAACAGGUAACGAAAAUAUGCGGUCAACAAACGCAAAAAUGGCGUGGUCCGGCUGGUGCGACAGCCGUUCGAAAUAACGAACUGCAGCAUUUGUUGGAUAAUGAUUUAUUUUUCGUGUCGGCUCGUCGAAGGGACUUGAAAUUGAAUCCGAAUCAACAAUUUCAAUUGCUUGCCUUGUUGUGUGAAUAUUUUAAUGAACGAAGUUCCGAACCUCGUGGUCAUCAGUAUUACUAUUUCGAAGUGAUAUUUUGUGGAAGAGAAGGCGAAGGUUUGCUGCAUGAUAUAAGAAUAUCAGUCCUAAUGAAUCUGUGUUCUUUAUCGAUCCAGUACCCGUGCUAUUCGUUGCUGAAUCAUGUCUCACAAUGGCUUCAUAAAAUCGGAAGUGGAAAAUCUUACGCUCAACAAAUCAUAAAUCUCCUCGUUGAUCACUUCAUAAUGUCACCAUCAGAUUGGAAUUUGCAUGAACAUUUACUGCCACUCGCUGAUGAAGUACCCGAAUUUGUAUCCUAUUUUGUGGCCUACUCAGUAACGAAAACAACAAUUCGAACGGCGCUAAUUGACGUUCUAGCACAUUGGCUAACUGGUGCGCAAUCGAAUAGAAUUAUCACGUUUAUCAAAGAAACACCUACAAUCACGAAAUAUUUCGCUAAUAACACAUUCUGGUUGUUGGUUUUGUAUGACUGCACGAGUAGUUUUGGUAGUAAAAGUGUUCUACACGGAAUAACAACU